AUGCUGGCCACUUGCUUGGCUUCUGUAUUGCUCAUCACUGGUUUGGUGAGCGCUGGAUCAGAAGGCAAGGAUGAACGAUACACAUACAACCAAAUGUGUGUUGUUGACGGAAAACUGACUGUACUCAACGGAUUCGAUUGUCGGGAACAGGUUGCUGUAGCAAAGUGGAAGAACGCAGUGAACGCAUCCGGAUGGACUUUCCUGGAGGUUGAAACUCGAGCAAAAUUUGAGCCCGAGCUUCAGGCCUAUGCGGCUGGAUACCUUGAAGGUGUACUCUCCCGCGAAGUGCUUCAUUACCACAUUCAAAACACAGUAGAGACUUACUGCACGAAUUUCACGCAGUACUGUGAUCGAAUGAAGGAAUUUGUUGGCCAAAACCAGGAUUACAUCAAGCAAACGCUCGCCUCCACGUCUAGAGAUGACAUGUACUGGUCGGCAGUCAAUCAGCGUACUACCAGCUCACUGGCUUGA